UCACUAAACCCGCAACCCAGGGAGUCACUCGGGUCCUGUCUGUUCUAGGACGAGUGAUUUGUAAACUGCUCUCCUGUUUGUUGGUAGACAAGCCGACUUUCUCUCUGUUGUUGUGCUCUGUGCGCCCCUCAACGUAAUGACAAUACACUCAUGGGUGACAAAAUGUGAUGGUACUUCCCGUAGAUGACAUAAAGGUUUUGAAAAGCAGGAUUAUAUUGUGGAUGUGAUUAAAGUGGAGCAUUCAUACAGUGGAGGAAAUGGCUACAAGGAGGCGGGAUUUGUCGUUUGUAUUUCAGCCAGUUAUCCAUGAGCCUCUCUCCAAGCCAGAUCAUCUAGUACAUCAGAAUGGCAUCAAUGGAGAUUUAGUAGAAAGUGUAGGCACUUCACAAGAGGCACCUGCUCACACUAGGGAAAGCCAAGUGUUCCAUGAAGCUAUGAGGGAGGCAUUCCAAAGCAAAGUGCAACAUCCAAGAAAGGCUAUGUCACUGUUUCUGAAAGCAGGAAAAGGUCUUGUUCUCACUGGAAAUGAUGAAGCUGCCUUGGAAUGUUUUGAAUCUCUGAUUCACCUGGCUAAGGAACAACUUAAUAAUGUCUUUGCUGAAAAAUCAAAGUUACCUCCAUUAUCACCAGAAGAAAGGACAGAAAUGUUUUCUAAGAAAUCACUUACAAGACAAGACUCUAUAAGAGAAGAAACAGAGCAAGAAGUGCGAGCGCAAAGUGUACAAGCUUCAGACAGAACUCAAAAUGGUUACAGUGAUAUGGCAUACUCUGAGAAUCAAGAACAAGUGACUGCCAUUUCUAUUGAUAGCAAUCCAAGUUCUGUUGUACAAGAAUAUACAAGUGUUGAAGAACAGCAGGCAUUUGAAGCAUCUGAAAUUGUGCAAGUUUGUGAUGCAUCAGACAUGGUUGUAGUGCAGGAAGAAUCAACACCGUUUUGUUCUGUUCAAACUGUGGAUGAAAGGCACUCUGUGGCGUCAUCUGAGUGCUCCAUGUCUGAUGACACAGGUACUGGUGGCCCUGUGACAUUUAGAGAAGCAACUGUUGUAGACUGCUCAGAAGGCUCAAUGUCCUGUGCAGCAGAGUUAGCGCAUGAUGACAUGCAAGUGUGUAUGGUAGAAUGUGUGGAAUCUGUGGGUGAGGAAUUUGAAGUUGCUACAUUUGACAAUGAUGAUUCUGUUAGCAUUUGUAGUCUUGGAAGUGUAGAGAACAUUGUACAGACUCAUGAAAUUGUUAUGGAGUGUGGAGAACAGAUUGUUGAAGAAGUUACUAUGAGUCUGGUGGACAAGGCUCUUACAAGAAGAGGGUAUGUUGUGAAUGAACUGAUUGAUACAGAGCAGAGCUAUAUCCAGGAUCUGGGUUAUGUUGUCAAGGUGAGGAAACUUUGCAAUGAUCUGAAGUAUUGUGAAGAUGAACCUCAGAAGAUUGGUGAAGUUUUUGCACAAUCGGAACAACAACUGGAGGAACUGUACUCAGAAUACUGCAGGAACAAACCCAAAUCUGACUUGUUAGUUCAGAAAUAUACCGACUCCUUCUUCCAAGGCUGCAAGGAGAAACUGGGUCACAGACUGCAACUAGCAGAUUACCUUAUCAAGCCUGUUCAGAGAAUAACUAAAUAUCAACUUCUGCUCAAGGACAUUCUGAAGCAUACUGAAAAAGCAGGAGAAGACUGCACUGAACUACAGAGAGCACUUGAUGUAGCCCUAAGAAUUCUCAAACGAACCAAUGACAUGGUAAACGUGGGGAUGCUUCAAGGGUUUGAGGUGAAACCUGAGGAAACGGGAGACCUUAUACUUCAGGUGAGAAAUGAAGAUGAUUUUGAACUUGUACCGUCCAGUCGUAGACCACACCGGCAAAGAAAUAGAAAGUUCCAUAAUCCUCAAAGUAUAAAGCUUCAAAACGCUACCAGCACUGACAAAACAAAUACAUCGCCAGACUGCAAGCCUAACUUGAUUACAUGUAAAAGCCAGGUCUCUUUACGAUGUCUCGGAGACAGAUGUUUAUUGGAAAACCAGCUUAACAAGCUUUUACAUUUGACAAGGAUGAUUGCUGCCAGGCUCUUUCAAAUGCGAGACCGCGAGCGGGCCCUGGAACUUUAUAGUGACGUCAUAGCUACCACACUGUCUUUAGAGGAAUUAAGGAAACUGGAAGGAUUGUUUGCUACAAGAGAUCUCUUACUUAGUAAAAGCGUCGAAAUUUACGAAGGAUACAGAAGAGAACAUUUAAGUGCCAGUUUUGACUUAGAAGACUCUUACAACUCUCUGACAAAUCUACUAAAUGAAACUGCUGGGUUUUCCAGUGUGAGUAAAGGCACCACAUGGUCUAUAGUCCUCUACAGCAUAACAGCUGCUGCAGCUUCAAGGGAGCAGCACUGGCGCGAGGCGUCACAAGCGUUUUACCGCGUGUCCAUGGUGUACAGCAACAUGCAGGCCACGGCAAAUGCAGUUGAUAGCUUACUAGACGCACACUGGAUGUGUUGCCAAGCUGAAGAUUAUCUCACUGCUCUUCAGUUCCUGUACAAUGGAUUCAUUCGGGCGCUGGCUGCAAAAGACCUGAUAAGAUGUCUUCGACUGGAACAACAGGCGUUGCACUUGGUGGACAAGAUAAAGUCACUCGGCGACAGAGUUCACCAGAUGGUGAAUGACGAGGGGGAACUGGACGCUAGGCAACAGGUCAGCACUCAGCAUGUGGAGUUCCUGGUCAAUAUGAGUCGAGCUACACGACGAAGAGACUGGGCCUGGUUUGAAAUCGCAGAAACUGAGCUACAAAAAUUCUGUUCUGGUCACCAGGCUGAUGCGGUCCUCCAAGCAGUGUUUCUCAAGAUUAGGAAGUCGUUACCAGGCCCAUCAGAGUGUUGAGGACUCCAGGCUUUGUUCAAAUCGUUGUGACGUGCGACACCAAGGAAAUGAAAUGACGUUAUCGAGAAAGUGUGACCGCUUGUCAUUUGCGGGCUUUGCCUUACAAAAAUGAUUAUGAACUUGUGAAGAUAAGAGAGUAUUAUAGGAAAAUUAUUUAUGAUACGAUCACUGGGUUGUUAUCAUGACUGCUGUGUUAUUUUCUUGUUUGCAAUGGUAGCUGUCUUACAAAGCGUUAGUUAAGUAGCUGCUUUAAGGUGAUUUCCAGUCCGUACUGCGCAGUCUCAGCGCCCUAAUGUUCAUAAACAUUGUAAGUCUCACUCAGUGGAAUGUGAAUCAAUGUUAUUCGUUACGAACCACAUACCUUAUCUUUGAGGCCUUUCAAAUUCUUUUUCCAACAGCGUCAGUGAU